CGCAGCCGUUGGUGACACUGACAAUCCAGGAAGCCUCCAUCUUGUCCUGUGGAUGUUGAUUUGGUGAUUGUGGAGCGGAGAGGUUUAUUUGUUGUUUUGGUGUGAAAAAUGGGCACCAAAGAGGAGAAAAAAGAGCCAACUCCGCUGAAGAACAAUGUAAAGCCUUAUGGCAAAGUGUUGUUAACGUUGAAGAACCAAUUGUUGCCCGAGGAAAAGCUGGCAAACACCCCGUCACAGAAUGACGGGCUCAGUAUGGACGCGGAAACUGAUUUACGGAUUCACGGUUGCGAACAGAUCCAAACCGCUGGGAUCUUGCUGAAACUGCCUCAGGUCGCAAUGGCCACUGGGCAGGUGCUGCUGCAAAGGUUCUAUUACUCAAAAAGCCUCGUGAGGCACCCAGUUGAGCACACCGCAAUGGCUUGUGUGUGUUUGGCUUCCAAAAUUGAGGAAGCCCCCCGAAGGGUGCGCGACGUUGUAAACGUCUUCACUCACAUCCGACAAGUGAACUCUGGAAACCCGAUACACCCGGUUGUUUUGGACGAGAAUUAUAUCCAUUUGAAAAACAUGGUCAUUAAAGCUGAGAGGAGAGUGUUGAAGGAACUUGGAUUUUGCGUGCACAUUAAGCAUCCCCACAAGAUUAUUGUGAUGUACCUGCAGGUUUUGGGGUUCCAAAACAACCAAAAGCUGAUGCAAUAUUCCUGGAACUACAUGAACGACUCGCUUAGGACCGACGUUUUUGUGAGAUAUCAACCGGAAACUGUGGCCUGCGCCUGCAUUUACCUCACAUCGCGGAAGCUGAAGAUUCCGCUGCCAAAGAGCCCACACUGGUACACAAUAUUUGGGGCCUCCGAGCCAGAGAUCCGCGAUAUUUGCAUCAGGAUCCUCAAGCUGUACAACCGGCCAAAGUCGAACAUUGAAGACCUGGAGCAACAAGUGGAGAAGUUGUGCGAAAAGUACAAGAGCAAUCUGCGGGCCAAAACGAAAGGCGCUAGCGGGGCCGUUUCGCCGAACAACAACAGCCAGGAGCACCAGAAAACGUCCGCCCACAACGCCUGGGGCGGAUUUAUCAGCCGUUCGGGUAGUCAUAUGCCGCCCCCUGUGAACGAUAAAAGAUCGCGAUCGCGGUCCGAAACCCGCUCACCAGACCGGAGACACCAUAAAAAGUUGUCAAAGAAGCACCGAUCGCGGACGCGUUCCCCGAAGAACCACAAGAAAGACCGCAAGCGGAAAAGUUACUCGCGCAGCAGAAGCAACACGCCGCAUAAACAGCGGAAAACCAGAGAUCGGAAGCGCAGCAGAUCGCACAGCAACGAGCGGGAGGGCAAGAACGACCGUUACAUUGAUAGGUACGAGGACAAGUAUGAUCGAGAACGGAAGUACAAGGAUGAUCGCGACGGCAAGCACAAAGAGGACAGGGAGCGGUACGAUGAGCGCAAGGAGAGAAACUCGAAAAAGUACGAACGAGAUGAGAAGUACAGGGAGAGGGAGGACAACUACAAGGAGCGAGAAGAGAAGUACGGGACCAGAGAAGAACGGUACUCGGCCAAAGCCGAGAAGCGCUCGAAGAAGGCAAAGCACAGGGAUAGAUCCGAAAGUAGGUCGAAAGACAAGAGAAGAAGAAGCUAGGAACGGCCCGGUUUGGUACAUAGUUUAAGAUAACCAGGACUUUUUUGUUAUUUUGGAUUUUACUUUGUGUAUAUAUUUUCGAGCGCCAUUGUCCAGCCAUUGAACCAGUCCAUCGAGGCCAGCGCGAAACCCGACUUGUGUAAAGUACCUGUAAGUAAUAAAUAUUUUCCUUAUACACUGAA